AUGCCUUCCGUCAAGCGUCCUAUCCGCAUCGCCGGCUCGUCCGGCGGUUUCUCAGAUCGCCAGCGAGCCAUUGGCGAUCUGGCCAAGAACUGCGAGAUCGACUGCAUCAUCGGUGACUGGCUGUCCGAGUGCACCAUGACUCUCCACGGCGCACAGAAAACUGAGAACGACCGUCUUCGGGCUGAGGGCAAGCUCCAGGAGAAUGUCGCCGGACUCUUCGACCCUACCUUUAUGGAGAAUCUGGCCCCGGCGCUACCGCACAUGCAGGCAAAGAACAUCAAGCUGGCUGUCAAUGCCGGUGCGAGUGACACGGAAAUGCUUGCCAGGAUUGUCCAGGACGAGGUGAAGAAGCAGGGACUCGACCUGAAGGUCGGCUGGGUUAGCGGAGACGAAGUCACAGAAACCGUCAAGAGGCUCUAUGCCAACGGAGAGGAGUUUGUUAGCUUGAUGACAGGCAAACCGUUGAAGGAGUGGGGCCACGACAUCAUCUGCGCACAAUGCUAUCUCGGUGGAGCUGGAAUUGCGGAAGCCCUUCGCCAAGGUUGUGACAUUGUCAUUGCAGGAAGAGUUGCCGAUGCUGCCCCUACCAUUGGUGCUUCGAUGUGGUGGCACGGAUGGGAUCGGGAAACCGACCUUGACCAGAUCGCUGGCUCGCUUGUAUGCGGCCAUCUGAUCGAGUGCUCUGCCUACGUCUGCGGUGGCUACUACUCUGGGUUCAAGUCAUUGAUGGAUGGCUGCGAGAACAUCGGCUUUCCUAUUGCAGAGGUGAAUGCCGAUGGCUCUUGCAUUAUUACAAAGGAGGAAGGGACAGGCGGUCAGAUCUCCGUCGGAACUGUUUCAUCUCAGCUUCUUUACGAGAUCCAAGGACCGCUGUACUAUGGCUCUGAUGUCACUGCCAACCUAGAGGGUGUUGUCAUGACACAGCAGGGUAAGGACCGCGUGCUCGUAACGGGAGUCAAGGGUCAGCCUGCUCCCUCCACAACAAAGGUCGGCAUCACGGCAUUCGGCGGUUACCAAGCAGAAUUCCAUUACUAUCUCUGCGGUCUCGACCUCGAGGACAAGGCGGAAUGGACCGAGAGGCAAAUUCGUUACUCAAUCGGCGAUGCUAUCAAGGAUCUCACCUGUCUGAAAUUUUCGCUCAACGGCUAUUCGCCAGAAAACCCGAGGAACCAAGAGGUCUCAACUGUCGAUUUUAGAAUCUUCGUACAGACCAAGAGGAAAGAGCUCGUGGACAAGUUCACACUCGACGUACCAGGAUUCAACCGAUGGUGCAUGGAAAACUUCCUACAAAGUUGCCCGGGAGCCAGUCUGGGCAACGAUCAGAGGCAGAGUGAGGGCAAGCCGUUCUACGAGUAUUACGUGACACUGCUACCUCAAGCUGAGGUCAAGCACUCUGUGGUCCUUCCCUGGCAAGACAAGGCUCUGGAUAUUCCUGUCCAGAAGAACGUACGGACCGACUAUCCCCGGGAUCAGAAGAGUUACGAGACCGAGAACCCUGUCGACCUUUCCACAUUUGGGCCAACCACCAGGGGCCCUCUCGGCUGGGUUGUUGGCGGCCGCUCUGGUGACAAGGCUAGUGACGCCAACUGCGGUCUAUACGUCCGUCACGACGACGAAUGGGAUUGGCUGAGGAGCAUCUUGACCAUUGAGAAGAUCAACCAGCUUCUCGAAGGCAGCAACAAGGGCAAGAAGGUUGAGCGAUUUGAGAUUCCCGGCAUUCGAGCCGUCCACUUCCUCUUCCGAGACCAUCUCGAUCGGGGCUUCAAUUCCACAAGCGAGUACGAUACACUAGGUAAAAAUAUCUGCGAGUACCUCCGUGCGAAGCAUGUCGACAUCCCCAACAAGUUCCUCCGAAGAGGGAGGAUCUAA